AUGUGUCAUCUUCUGGCCGAGGUCAAGAAGAGUUCGUACCUGUCCGUGCUCCUUAUGAGGCAAUGCAGCGUGGGUUCCCUCUGGGGGGCGCUGUACCCCUUUGUUAAGGUGAUUGACGUGAGCUCAGCUGAUCCCCACAGAGCCGGAUGGAAACCCAUUACAUUUGUUCGCCAGGUCUUGGCAGGGUGUCUGUUCCCUCAGCUGCUGAAAGAAAACACUCUUCCUCUGGAUGUGAGGCUGAGGGCUCGGAGGCUCCUGGAGGCCUGCGAUGGAGGAAGCGUGGGUUCCUACACAGACUCCUCUGGCAUGCUCCAUGUCAGGCAGAGCAUUGCUGAGUUCAUCACGAGGCGAGACGGUGGAGUGCCUUCAUACGCCAAAGACAUCUUCAUUUCUGCUGGUUUUCAAAGGGCCCUGAUGGUGGUUGUGAAGCUGCUGGCCAGGGGGGAAAAGGAGACCCAGACCGGCGUGUUGACCCCGAUGCCCUGCCCGCACACCGUGCCGGCGCUUCUGGAUGAGGCCGGGGUGACCCUGGUGCCACACCCGCUGACGGAGACCCGAGGCUGGGCUGUGGACCUGGACGAGCUGCAUCGAGCGUUGAAGACCGCCAGGGGACGCUGCGAACCCAGAGCCAUUUACAUCAGCAACCCAGGAAACCCCACAGGUCAUGUGCAGGACUGGAAGUCAAUAGAGGAAGUGAUUCAGUUUGCAGCGGCUGAGCGACUCGUACUGUUGGUUGAUGAGGUGUACCAGGACAGUGUGUACGGACACGGCCGAGAGUUUAUUUCCUAUAAGAGAGUUCUGUUUGAGAUGGACAAGGAGUACUUGGAGACGGUACAGUUGGUGUCCUUCCACUCGUUGUCCAGUGCCCACAUGGGAGAGUGCGGCCUGAGGGCAGGAUACAUGGAGCUGGUCAACAUUGACCCAGAGGUGAUGCAUUUUGUGGAAACUAUGCUGUGUACCGAUAUCAGCACUCCAGUCACAGGACAGCUUGCCCUGGAUCUCAUGGUCAGCCCUCCACGGCCCGGGGACCUUUCCUUUCACACACACACUCAGAUAAUGGAGGUGGAGGCAGAUGUUCUGUACUGUCAGAUGUUACUAGAAGAAAAGGGUGUGUUCUUAGGAGCCGGGUGUCAGUAUGGUGAAACAACUGGCAACCACCAUCUGAGAUUAUGUAUUCUUGUUCUUCCGGACACCCUGGAGGAGGUCUUGGCUGCCCUCGGCUCCUUUCACCUUCAUGGACACACUUGA